GCUGCGCCUUGGCAGCUAACUUGAACCUGCAAGAUAUUGGGCAUUCCAAAUUUUCUUUAGUAAAUCAAACUCGGUCCCAGUCAGUAGCAUGCCACUCCGAGUUGAUUAACCAACGAGUUACUUAACCCCAACAGAGUUCAGAAAUUGUGGGUCAUCAUUUGCCACGUGGCAUAAGAAAACCAUCGGAGGGGGAAAAAAAAAUGGAAACUUUACCCGUUGAAAGUCACAUCUUUCUCUUCUGGCUUCUUUCUCUGUCUCAUGGCUCUUCACUGCAAUUGUUUUCCCUACAGUCAUUGUAGAAUCAGAACCUUAUCUCCCUUCAAGCUAUUCUCACCCAUCCGCCUUUCCUCAGUCUGUAACCCUCCAUUCUGCAUCAGUUCCAGAAGGCUACCAAGAAACAGGCUGGAUAAAGUUGUUUCUGCAGUAAUCUCUGAAGGAAGCGCAGUUGGGUCGACUUCUGCUAGCACUGAUGUGUUCAGGCUCACUUACUUGGAGGGGAAUAGUUGGUUAUGGGAGGUUGGUGGGGUGAACAUUUUGGUUGACCCAAUCCUGGUGGGUAACUUGGAUUUUGGAAUUCCCUGGCUAUAUGAUGCUGCCAAGAAGGUCUUAAAGAAUUUCCAGCUUAGAGAUCUUCCUGAAGUGGAUUGCUUAUUGAUUACUCAAAGCCUUGAUGAUCAUUGCCACUUGAAGACCUUAAAGCCACUUUCUGAAAUGUUGCCUAACCUUAGAGUCAUUGCAACUCCUAAUGCUAAGCCUUCGCUGGAUCCCCUUUUUAGCAAUGUUACAUAUUUAGAACCUGGUCAGAGCUCUGAAAUUGAAGCUAGUGAUGAUUCUAAAGUCAGAGUUCAAGCUACUGCAGGGCCAGUUCUGGGUCCUCCUUGGCAGCGGCCUGAGAAUGGGUACCUUGUCAAUUCUCCACAAAGCCAAAUGACUCUUUACUAUGAACCCCACUGUGCAUAUAACAAAAGUUUUCUUGAGAAGGAGCAUGCUGAUAUUGUUAUUACACCAGUCAUAAAGCAGCUUCUGCCAAAUUUUACUUUGGUUUAUGGACAAGAAGAUGCUGUCAAACUUGCAAAGUUGCUGCAUGCCAAGUUCAUUGUGCCAAUGAAAAAUGGAGACCUUGAUAGCAAAGGAUUUCUUGCCAGCAUCGUCCACACAGAAGGAACAGUUGAGUCAUUCAAGGAGCUUUUGGAAAAGGAGCUACCAGAUGCUCAGGUACUAGAGCCUACACCUGGUGUUACACUAGAAGUUUCAGCAACUUGAAAUUUUCUAUCGCAAGCAAUGUUCUCAUGGUGUCCCAAUGAUGAAGAGAAAAUGAAGCAGGCUAGCUUACUCCAAAAGCUAGCUCGGAGGAGGAGGAUUACUCAAGUUUUUACAAGGGGUACAUCAGGUAGUUUUUAUUUGUUUAGCCACCUGUUGGGUAACGUUGAAAUGACUCCUAUAUCAUCCAGGAGAUCAAAAGAAAACCGGUAUUAGCACUUCACAUAAUAUAAGGCCAUAAUUUCGUUACAGCAGA